AUGCGAGAAAUUGUCGCCGAGCCGCCGAGCCCAUCCCAGGACGCGUCGCAUGUCCACAACGUACUGCCGUCGCCAGCGUACGCUGUCCUCCAGUCGCCCGCAACGCUCGUCAAGACCCCGACGCACGACACCAGCACCGUGCUCGAGAUCAAGGAGACGCCUCCACCGCCCAAGUCGUUUUGCCACAAGCUGCUGCCCGCGCUUAGCUCGGCCUUUGUGACGUCCAUCGCGUACAUUGAUCCUGGCAGCAUGGCGUCCAACAUCGAAGGUGGCGCCGAGUAUGGCCUCACACUGCUCUGGGUCAUUCUCUGCUCCAGCUUGAUUGCGAUGCUCUUUCAAAUCCUCUCGGCCAAGCUCGGCCUUGCCUCCGGGAAGAGCUUGGCCCAGGUCACGCGCGACGCAUGGCCCAAGUGGGCGGUGUACGUCUGCUGGUUUGUCGCUGAAGUGAGCGUCGUGACGUGCGACGUCUCCGAGUUCAUCGGCGCCGCCGUCGCGUACAAGCUCCUCUUUGGCAUCCCGCUCGCGUGGGGCGGCAUCCUCACGGGCUUUACGACGCUCGCGCUCCUCGUCGUCCACAACUCCAAGGCCGCGUACUUCGAAGCCGCGAUCUUUGCCUUCGUGUCGAUGAUUGUCGUCUGCUACAUCGUCCAAACCGCCCUCUCGUCCGUCGACUGGCCCCAAGUCGCGUACCAUACCUUCGUACCGAGUUUUGACGGGCCCGGGAGCGUCGUCAACGCCGUCGGCAUCGUCGGCGCGACGGUCACGCCCUACGCCAUCUUCUUGCACUCGGAGCUGACAAAAGGCCGGCACGAGCGCGGUCUCUCGGGUGAAACCAUCUUGCCGCCGCUCGAGUUUGAAAUUGCGGGCAUUGCGAUCGCACUCGGUGUCGCUGCGAUCGUCAAUAUCGCGAUGCUGACCAUGUCGGCCUCGACGUUCUACGUGGCCGGGUAUGCGGAUCUCGACGUGAUGGAGAACGCGUACAAGACGCUCGAGCCGCUGCUUGGGAAGGCCGCCAGCAUCAUCUUUGGCGUCGGCUUGCUCGCCGCGGGUAUCUCGUCGUCGGCCGUCGGCACGCUCGCCGGCCAGGUCAUCAUGGGCGGCUUCACGAGUUUUCAUCUGAGCAUGUGGCUGCGCUGGGCGAUCACGGUCACGCCGUGCUUGGUGAUUCUCUUUUGCGGCUUCUCGCCCACGUCGGUGCUCAUGGUGUGCAACGUCGUCGGAAGCUUCUGCGUCCCCUUUUGCCUCGUCCCCGUCGUCGUCUUUACGAGCCAGCGCUCGAUCAUGGGCGAGUGGACCAACUCGACGUUUAUGGUCGGCAUCACGAGCUUCUUGACGUUCUUUGUGAUUGGUCUCGAUGUCUACUUGAUUGCCACGCUAUUUUAA